AUGUUCUCCCUCACCCCCUACGUGGUGAACGUGACGGCCGUGAACCCCCUGGGCUCUGCAUCCAGACUCCUGCCCUUCCUCCUGGAGAACAUCAUAAAGCCGGACCCCCCCGAGGACCUGCGGGUCUCACCCAUCCCUGGGGAGACCAAGAAGCUGCUGCUGGAGUGGAGCCCGCCAGGGUCCUGGCCCUUCCCGGAGUACUUCCCGCUGAAGUAUCGCAUCCGCUAUGCCCGGGAGGAGGGCUCUGUCACCAAAACGAUUGGGCCAUACGAGCAGACAUCUUACACCCUGACGGGAGUGCGACCCGGGACCCUCCACCACAUCCAAGUGGCCGCCAAGGACUUCACAGAUUCCGGGGAGUUCAGCGCUUGGAGUCUGCCGGCCUCGGGGAUGGAUGGAGCCAUGACAG